CAAGUGAGAGUGCAACAUCAACCACAUAACGCUUAAGGAACAAUGGAAGACUACUACUAUGAGGACUUUAACUCCACUGACUAUGAAUUCAACUUCACUGGGAUUCCAGACUUUUCAAUUCCCAAAAUUCAACCGAUCCAGAUAGCGGCUCUGGUCUUCUACGGCCUGGUGGUGCUGCUGGGUGUCCCAGGAAAUGCCCUGGUGGUGUGGGUGACGGGGUUCUGCAUGCCCCGCUCUGUCACCUCGCUCUGGUUUCUGAACCUGGCCCUGGCGGACCUCCUGUGCUGCCUUUCCAUCCCCCUCCUCAUGGUCCCUCUGGUCCAUGACGACCACUGGCACUUUGGCCCGCUGGCCUGCACGCUGGUCAAAGGCCUCUUCUACCUGGUGAUGUACUGCAGCAUCCUGCAGCUGGUUCUGAUCAGCAUAGACCGCUUGAUGCUGGUCAACAGACCCGUCUGGUGUCAGAACCACAGGCGACCUCGCAUGGCUGCCUUUGGAUGCGUCGCUGUGUGGAUCCUGGCCCUGAUUGGCAGCGUCCCCCAGUUUGUUUACGCCACGGAGAUCCACGCAGGCAUAGACAAGCGAGAGUGUGUGAUGGCCUACACUAUACAGAGCGUCUGGCCUGUCAGUUCCUUCCGCUUCCUCAUGGGGUUCAUCUUCCCUUUCCUGGUGAUCUUGGUGUGUCAUUUGGUGGUGUACAGCAGGGCCGAGAAAGGGCUGACUCGGGGUCGCACCCGGUCCAAGCGCACACUGAGGGUGAUCAUCGCUGUGGUGCUCAGCUUCUUCCUGUGCUGGCUCCCUCUGCACAUCGUGGACUUCCUCAUACUGAUCACCCCUCGGCAUUCCCCUCACAGGCCUAAACUUUACCUGGCACACGUCAUAGCGCUGUGCCUGGCCUAUUUCAACAGCUGUCUCAACCCCCUGCUGUAUGUGUGUCUGGGAAAGGGCUUCAAGGACAGCAUGAACCGCUCCCUGCGCAACAUCCUGCACUUCAUCAGCGAGGACCCGAAUACCAGGAUGACCGUCACCAACACAGACACCAAAAGCACCAGCAAUGGGAAGGAGAUGACUAAAGUCUGACUGUCAUCAGAUGCGUCAUUUUCAAAUUUAUGGAUGAGAUUUAGCAAUAAAGACUGUGAUUCAGGAGUAAUUGCACUGGGCUGUGCUUUCACCAUGAAAUACGUGUUUGGACUUUAUGAUGUGACACAGAUGUUGGCCAAAUUAAAGUCUGUAUUAGGCUGGACACACCAGCACUGCUGUUAUCUGAGCUAUUCAUGAGCUAUAAGGAUUUUUGCUGUGGUAGCUGGAUGACAUGUAACCGGGGCAACUACAGGAUUGCAAAUCAGGAACUGUUGCUCAGUGUUUCUGUGAAUAUUCAUGUUUCAUGCAAGACUCAGCACUUCUGUUUUUCCAUAACCUCAGGGUGUUUCUAAGUGUUUUUGUUAUUACACAAGAGGAAAAAGUCUUACUUUCUGUCAGUCUUAAAUCAAGAUUUUUAUUAUUACAUGUUUUUAGUUACUGUUUUAGAGUAUUUAGCUCUUGUAAUAUACUCGCAUUUAAUGAUUUAAUGUAACAGCCAUUUCACCAAAGGGACACCAGAAAAACUGUAUCAGUUCUUUCUAUACACCACAAGAGGGAGACACACCUUGAAACUCUGAUGCUCAGUGGCUCUAAAGAUGGUGGGCGACUUGGCUAAGACUCCUUGUUUCAUGGAAUGUGACACAGAAAAGCAGAAGACACAGCCAAGAAGACAUUUCAUGCAUGUAGGUUUGUCAAAUACAUGCAACCUGGGCAAAUAUGCCACUGAACAUGCCCAGAAAA